UAUAUUCGAGGGGACGGCUGAACAAAACAUAGUUUACAGCAGCAGUGUAUUAACUUAUUAUAUUUGGACAAAUUAAGUGUCAUUUCUUGGAAAAUAUUAUCAAUUAAACUGUGUUUAAAGUCAAGUGUUUUGAACCAAUGAAGAAAACAACAUAAACAUACAUAAUUUAGUGAAGUGAAACUGCACGAGGAUUCUUCGAGGUGACGAAUCGUCUCGUUUUGGUAUGGCGAAUGGGUGACAGACACGGGGCUACUGGUCCAUCCGGGAUUGAAGGUGUUUUUCCGCAACGGGGGAACCAUGUGAGCCUACGACCAUGAGGUGUGUUGGUCAGAGCGGUGUCUGGACAGCGAGCGUGAUCAUACUGUCAAUUGGAAGCUGGAUUGGCAAAGUUGGGCCUCGACCAGCUGAUGGCGAGAUUUCACACCUGACAUCUAAGGAAAGACUAGAGACCGUGCGACAGGUUCUUUCGGAGGUGCCUCUGAUCGACGGGCACAAUGACUUACCUUGGAACAUUCGAAACUUUGUCCACAAUCAGUUGGCCGACUUUGACUUUGAUAAGGAUCUACGACAGGUCGCGCCAUGGAGUAAAAGCGCCUGGAGUCAGACUGACCUGGUUAGACUUCGUCAAGGCAUGGUCGGUGGUCAGUUUUGGGCUGCUUAUGUGCCAUGCGAGUCGCAGCAUCUCAACGCAGUCCAGUUGACUCUGGAGCAGGUGGACCUCAUUAAGAGGCUCAUAGAAAAAUACUCUCAAGACAUGCAGUUCGCUGCAUCUUCAAGGGAAAUCUUGGAGGCCCACGGAAAAGGCAGGAUAGCUUCCCUAAUUGGAGUGGAGGGUGGACAUAGUCUAGGAAGUAGUUUAGCCGUUUUAAGGACGCUAUAUCAAUUGGGUGUUCGGUAUCUCACGCUCACGCACACCUGUAACACACCUUGGGCAAAGAGUUCGUCGGUGGAAGACGAGGAUGAAGAUGGAGGCGGUCUGACGGCAUUCGGAAGAGCAGUGGUCCAGGAAAUGAAUAGGCUGGGAAUGCUGAUAGACCUUAGUCACACAGCGAGGGCUACCAUGAGGGACGCUUUAAGGGCCAGCAGAGCACCCCUCAUUUUUUCUCAUUCCUCGGCCUUUGCCAUUUGUAACUCGUCGAGAAACGUUCCCGACGACAUUCUGAGGCAGCUGGCUGAUAACGGUGGAUUAGUAAUGGUGACAUUUUAUAAUUACUUUGUAAAGUGUGGCUCUCAAGCCAGCGUCUCGGAUGUCGCUGAGCACAUCUACUACAUUAGAAAUUUAAUUGGCGUGGACCACAUCGGUGUCGGUGGCGAUUUCGAUGGUAUAAACAAAACACCCAGAGGACUUGAGGAUGUUUCAAAGUAUCCAGAAUUAUUCGCUGAACUUCUUCGAAGUGGCAAGUGGAACGUGCUGGACUUAAAGAAAGUCGCUGGUCUAAAUUUGUUGAGGGUCAUGCGACAGGUGGAACGUGUGAGGGACGACAUGAGAACCGCAGGUGUGACACCAUCUGAAGAAUACCUCCAAGAUUCACCUGACACUAUUGGCAGUUGCGCUCUGGAUAUCAACUCUGUGCAAAGAGUUAUGGAAGUUUGAUUGUUCUGUCAAUCUGUUGUAUUUCUGUAAUGACGUGUAAAUUACUUCUGUACGACCUCCCUGCCGUCCUAUUCUCGAUAACGAAUAAGUCAGGAUCCCGUGGAAGUAAGGAUAAUCAUGAUAAAACAAGCAAUUCUGGAGGUGAGGGUCUCUCGUUGCUUGAUUCUUGUGCGACCUACCCCCCGGCUACAAAGUCUGUCCCUUCUUAGAUGCUCAAUCAGAAUAACGUUAGAUGAAAAGAUGAAGGAAAACCUACCUCGAACAAAAAAAUAUCGCGAACACAGUACAACAAAAUUACAUGUGAGUUUGAAAGAUUCUAUUAAAUAAAUUUUAUUUAGAAUUAAUUAAAGUAAACGAAAUAUCUACAAGAUUAUAAACCCCAAACUCUGCAAAUUUUUGUUUGAUUUUCUGUAAGAAGAAAUGAAUUUAAUAAUGAUUUAGUACAUUGAAACAAAUUGAAAGAUGGUGACAAUAUAGUAAUCUUUUCUAAAUCGUGACACUGCUGUAUUUAGAAGAAUUAAAAACAGAAAUAUUGUGUGUAAACCCGGCUGUGUAUCUUCGUACGUCUUCCCUUUCUUCGUUGUACUGUAAAGUGAGCACCUGUGUUUGAAAAAAAAAAAUGUUACAAGUUUAUUUAAAAUAAGUUUUUAUAAUCAUUAAUCGAAAAAGAUGUUUCCAGAAAAAAGAACAUAUCUGAUUAAAAAAAAAAAAGAAAAUGUAAUUGCAAAAUGAGUCUCACCAUUAGCACUAGAGAAAAGAUAAUCAACACUGUAAAGAAAAGGAAUGCUUUUUUCGAAUAUAGGAAAUUCUUGAAUAAGAUAAAAAUUGCUCACAGAAGACGUCACUGAUAGAAUUCAAAACCUAUAUGCGUGUUUCUUGACGUGUUGUACCGGAUGUAAUCUAUCACUUAUACACAUCUAAACUUUCCUCAACAAAGCAUCAUCUAAUGUCUUUGACGUGUCACCGAAAAUUGUUGGGAUUAAUCCUCCUAGAAAGGAUUUUUCUACUUUUGUUUUUUCUUUUAGUGAAAAUUCAUCCCUGCAAUUUCCGUGUAUCGUCGCUCACCUAUCUGUGUCUCGUGUGCACUUAUUACGUGAUUCGUGUGAGUUGAAUCUUCAAUAAAGAAUUCAAGAAAAUGACGGUGCAAAAUAAAUGGAAGAUGAAAACAACUCGCAUGAAUUAUACCUAACUCCUGUACGUGGAGUAGGUAGAAAACUAGAUUAUCAAAACUUCCGUUGUACCUUUGCAGCGGAUUCUAUAAAUAAAUGUUUCUAUUGUA